AUGAAACGGAUUGCUAAAGAUCUUAACGUUCUAAAGACGGACAUUAGUCGUAGUGCUCCGGUGGUGUCUCUCAUUGCCGCUGUUGAAAGUGAAAACGUUUAUCAAUGGCAUAUUGUGGCACGGGCUCCAGCCGACAGCAUUUACAGCAGUAAUAGUGAUGAAGCACAGCAUAAGAAGAAAAAUGCAUAUCGUCUUUCAGUAAUAUUCACAGACGAUUACCCCGACAAGCCACCAAAGGUAAGUUUCAUUACUAAUAUUUAUAGUCCGCUUGUUGGGGAAAAGGGUGAUGUGUGUGAGCGACUCACUGAAAAGGAUUGGACACCAGACCAGCGUGCAACUAAUGUUAUUAUGCGUGUCCUCAAUGAGGUGUUUAGUGGAUAUAAAAACAAUGACGAUUAUGAUUUAAACCACGACGCACGCCGUUGUCUAAAGGAGGAACCAGAGGUAUUCGAAAAGCGAGCUCAAUGUCCGUUUUAG